AUGUGUGUGGGUUUAAACAUUCAGCAGUCAAGGAAAGGGCGGUAUCGAUGUGACAAUUGCAAGAAAGAAUUUGCUUCCAAUUACAAUUUAAAAUGUCAUCAAAGGAUUCACACUGGGGAAGGGCUCUUGUCUUGCGAAUUCUGUACUCGUCAGUUCACGUAUUCCAACAGACUACGGGACCACAUCAAGACUCACACCGGAGAAAAACCCUUUACAUGUGAUCAUUGCAAAAACAGUUUUACACGAAAAGAUCAUCUCAUUCGACAUCUGCGAGUUCACACAGGGGAGAAACCCUUUACCUGUGAUCAUUGCAAACGAAGUUUUGCAAUGAAAAAAACUCUGAUUGACCAUGUUCGAACUCACACAGGGGAGAAACCCUUUACCUGUGAUCAUUGCAAACGAAGUUUUACACAGAAAGGAACUCUGAUUGAACAUCUGCAAACUCACACAGGGGAGAAACCCUUUACCUGUGAUCAUUGCAAACGAAGUUUUACACAGAAAGCUAAUCUGAUAGAUCAUGUUCGGCGUCACAUCGGAGAAAAGCCAUUUUCGUGUAACUAUUGCUCAGUAAAAUUCUAUUCUAAGUCGGAAUUGAAUCGUCAUGUUGUUAGACAUCAUGGGAAUGAGAAUCUUAAAUUUAAAUUUAGAUAUUUGAUUGAGAAUAAAUUGAAGAAAGUUUUGGUCUUUAAACAUUGGUUUUACUCUUUUUAUAUAUUGUAUUUUACAGGUUUAAACAUUGAGAAGGGAAAGAAUGGGAAGUAUGAUUGUGACAGUUACAAGAAAGAAUUCGCUUCGAAGUCCAAUUUAAAACGUCAUCAAAGGAUUCACACUGGAGAACGGCUCUUCUGCAAAUUCUGUAAUCGUCAGUUCCUCCAUUAUAACAGUUUAUGGUACCACGUCAAGACUCACACAGGGGAGAAACCCUUUACCUGUGAUCAUUGCAAACGAAGUUUUGUACAUAAAGGAACUCUGAAUCAACAUCUUCGAACUCACACAGGGGAGAAACCCUUUACCUGUGAUCAUUGCAAACGGAGUUUUACACAGAAAGGAAAUCUGAUUGAACAUCUGCGUGUUCAUACAGGGGAAAAGCCAUUUUCCUGUACUUAUUGCUUACAAAAGUUCCGUUUUAAAAGUAAUUUAAAUCGUCAUAUUAAUAAAUAUCAUAAUGUUUGUGUGUCAGUCAAAAUGAAUGCUGAAUAUGCCAAUGAAAAUAAGAAUAGUUCUCAAUUAUUUCAAAUAUCAUCAGGUUUAAACAAUCAGAACUCAAAGAAUGGGCUUUUCUCUUGUCAAUUGUGUAAUCGUAACUUCAACCAUCACAGUAGUCUACGUUACCACCUCAAGACUCAUAUCAGAAAGAAACCUUUUGCCUGUUAUCAUUGCAAACGAUGUUUUUCAGAAAAAAAAAAUCUGAUUCAACAUAACCGAACUCACACAGGGGAAAAGCCUUUCCGUUGUGAACUUUGCAAACGAAGUUUUACACAAAAAUGUCAUCUAAUAAAUCAUAUUCGUCGUGAGAGAGGCCAUUUGCGUGUAAUUAUUGCUUAAAAAAGUUCCAUUCUCAAUCUCAUUUAAACUAUCAUAUUAUUAAACAGCAUACUAUUAAUGUUGAAUAAUGAUAUUCUUAUGGAGUAAUAUUUGAAAAACAAAAAUUAAUAAAAAUGAUUGACUGAUUGCAUUUCUUUGAAAAAUAUUUAAUACUCGUUUAGAUUUUAUUCAUUCUGAAAACAACAAAUAUAUGUUUUAUUUCUUGAUUGUAUAACUUAUUACAUUUUACAUAAAACAAUUGAUUUUAUGGACGAAAAUAAAGUGGUUUGUAGAAUUUGGAAUAAAUAAAAGUUUAGGAUGUAUUUUUA